AAUCUGUCAAGGAGUUGCACGUUUUCCUUGCAGCUCCGAUAUUUUCGUGUUAUUUUCGGUGUAAAUAGCACUGAAAACGAUACAAACACAGAGUUUGUUUCGACGAGAUAGUGCAGUAACCGAAGCGAAACCAACAACACCCCCAAAAUGACUGCCCGUUCGAAGAAAAAACGUUGCAAGAACAAGGCGAUUAAGCGCGAGACGAACAAGGUGAAAGAGUUGAAGAAACUGAAAAAAACCCUCGGACUCCUCGACGAAGAUGGCAUGGAUUUGAUGGACAAAAUCAAGGAUAUCACGAAGCAAAAGCAACAGGAGGAGGAGCUGGAAAAGGUGAAGAAAGAAGUGAUGGCAGAAAUCUACAAGAAGGAAACGGAGGAUGUUGACCAUAACGAGUAUGUCGAAACUGUGAACCCGAAAACGAAUGUGAAGCACGUGUACAACGUCAAAACGAAACGGGAUCAGUUUGGCAGCUGCCCCGUUUGGUAUAAAAAGAAGAAGGAAGAAAUUAAACAAAAGCGUAAGGAAGGUACAUAUGUGAGACAACGGCAGUUCCGUGGUAGACGGGUGCACUUUAUCGAUAAGACCAGCGCCUGGAAGAAUAUCGUUUGAGGUAAAUAAAAGAAUCUUUAUUAUUUUGCCCUUACGGUAACAGAAAGAACAGUGUACUGGAUGAUUUAUUC